AUGAACCGUGGACUCACGUCGCCAGCCUCCGCCUCGGUUUACGUCGAUGCAAUGGAAGUGGAACGAGACACUUCUUCGGCGUUCAGAGUAACGGGACGCCGGUCGAUUUGCAUUCGCCCCGGUCGUCGACCCCUGACGACAUCGAUUCCGAAGAAGCCCAAACGCUCUCGUUCCGCUCGGCUCGCCGGCGCUAAUCGCCCGAUCUAG